GUCGCCUGUGGUCUUGGUCCGUUGAUAAUAAUUUUUGACAAUGAUUCACUAUCGGCUGAAUAAAUAUUACGGCUUCGCUGCGGGAGACGGCUGAGAUAGAAGCUGGAAUGUUUGCGGAUUGAGAAUCGGUAACUCGCAAGCAAGGGAUAUUUCAGUUACCUUUUUUGCAAUCACGAUGAGUGGAAAACUCGCCGAAAAGACACCUUUUGGUGACGUUACCAACGAAGAACGGAAUUCGGACAGCGACGUACCAGGCGAUGUGCUGAACGAUGCCUCUAUCGAAUGCGACUGGGAUCAGAAGGAGGAGAGUGCAAUUCGACGCAAGGUCGACUUUAUCCUGUUGCCAGUUCUCGGUCUCGCCUUUUUCGCCCUGCAAAUGGACCGUGGGAAUAUAAGUGCUGCUCUGACGUCUACGAUCACAAAAGACCUGGGAAUCGACACGAAUCAGAUCAAUGUCGGAACUCAACUAUUGUCGGCCGGUAUAGUUAUCACCGAGAUUCCAUCCAAUAUUAUCCUCCAGCGUAUCGGGCCCCAGAGAUGGUUGUCCGGGCAGUUAUUUGCCUGGGGACUAGUCGCAACGUUCCAGACCUUCAUCAAAUCAUACCCUGCAUAUCUAGUGACGAGAAUCCUCCUAGGCUUGCUUGAGGGUGGUUUUAUUCCUGGUGCUCUAUAUUACCUAUCAACCUGGUACAGAAGGGAUGAAACCAGCUUGCGUGUGACUUUUUUCUUUUUUGGGCAGAUUUUUGCUGGUGCUACUACCAGUCUCAUCUCCGCCGGAUUACUGAGACUCUCCGGGAAAGGAGGUCUGGCUGGAUGGCAAUGGAUAUUUCUCGUUGAGGGUUUAAUUACCAUUUUCGCCGGCAUUGUGUUUGUUCUCCUUCUCCCACCUCGUGUCGGAGAUGGACGCCCUCUUAUUAGCUUCGGCCGUUGGAGUUAUUUUACUGAGCGAGAAUCGCGCAUCAUACAAGACAGGGUACUGCUCGAUGACCCCCUCAAAGCUCGUGGACACAUCAAGAUCACGGGCAGAGACAUCCUCAAAACCAUUCGCCAACCCCGAGUCAUCCAGCAUUUCUUCAUUACUUUGGUUUCCAUGUCCGGUUUCCAAGGUCUGACGCAAUACACGCCGAGCAUGAUCAAGUCCCUGGAUUUUAGCGCCAUUAAUGCAAAUGCUCUGGCUUCCGUCCCCGUAUAUAGUUUUAUGGUUCUGUUGGCCAUUGUAUCAUAUGUCAGCGAUAAAUAUGGCCAUCGCGGGCCAGGAGUUCUCUUUGGCGCGACAUGGAACGUCAUUACGUACGUUUGCUUCCAGCAAACGUCAGUGCACUCAUCUUCAUGGCACCGCUAUGGAGUUAUCGUUGCGGCCAAUCUAUUCUACGCUGGCGUCCACAUUCUUAACAUUGGCUGGCUUUCAGUGUACUGCAAGACUCCUCAGGAGCGCAGCAUUGCCAUGGCAUUAAUUGUAAUGGCUGCGAAUUGUGCGGGUAUUUCUGGCUCGCAGAUAUUCCGGACCUCAGACGCACCACUAUAUCGCCAUGCCCUGACGGCUAUUUGUGUUCUGGCAGGUGUUGCAUGGGUACAGGUGCUGGCGUUGAAUCUUCAAUCCUGGUACUCUCAACGCAAGAAAAUAGGAAAGUCAGAUUAAAGCAAGCGAAUAGGAUAAUGGAACCAAGCACCAAUUUCAGUAAUAUCGGGAUUGACGUCAUAUACAUAAGUCGGAUAGAUAAAUUAACCAAAAACUAGCGUAUUCUUGUCAAGGUUAAUUAUUCUUUGUUCUAUUUGAAGUUCAUCAAACUCUUCAUAUCACGAGGUUCAAAAUAAUCGAAUUUAUCCGGACCUACCGUGCACGACGUUAGAUUGCUCCGGGUCCACCCGCACCUAACAUUCUUGCUGAG